AUGAGCAAGAAAACAUUUUUUUGGUUUGAGUUAGCCCUUCGUCUCUUUCCUAAUACGAGUUAUAUUGCCAAAGGUGAUGAUGAUAUGUUCCUGCGAGUACCACAGUAUCUUGCGGAUCUACGCACACUGCCAAGACGUGGACUCUAUUGGGGAUCAAUGUAUAAAUAUCGUGUUAGGUCUCUUGUGGAUAAUACGAUGGUUAAAUUUUUCUUCUCUUCAGGGCCAUGCAAUACACUAGCGCGGGAUGUGGUGGAGCGGAUUGUGUCGUUUGAGCCCCUCAGGCGUUUAAUUCACACACCGUACAGCAAGGAACGUGAGUCAGAGUUUCUUGCAUUGUGUAUGGAGCAUGAAGAUACCAUGGUGGGUCGUGUGGUGCAUGAGCUACACUAUUCAGAGCUGAUUAUGGUAAGAGAGAAAAAGUGUCGUUUUCAUAAUUUGCGAAAGGGCUGCCGUAUUGCUGCUCCUAGUAAUAGUUCUGUAAUGAUACACCAUAUUGUUGAGAGUGAAUAUAUCGAUCUGAUGAAACGUUAUGAACAUGACACAGCCCCAAAGGCCAAGUUCAUUAAACAUCGUCAUGAUUAUCUCUACUUUGCUUGUUAA